UGUUAGAGUUGGUGAAGAAGAAAAAUAACAUCCAAAAUCGUAACUCUCGAGAGUUGUCUCGAGGACUAGAUUUGCCUUUCUUAUAAGCUUGUAUAUGAAAGAGUGAAAGUUGCCCCUCUGGCUGCUGUGUGGCCAUAAGCCAUCUCUGACCCUCACCAGUGUGGUGAUGUAAGGAGUAGCAUGCGACCCAACACACAUUACAGCAAUAAGCAUCUGUCCUUGUUUAGAUGGACCAUCUGGUUGUUGAGUAGGGCACAGCAAUUUCUGUAAUCAAGACACACGGGUGAUGGACUUACUGUUGUGGUUUUGAUUUCCCAGCCUGGUGUGGAGUAAUGGACAGGUCUCCAGCGUGUGGGUGAGCUGUGCCAUGGAGGCGGCCGCAUCUGAGCUGGUUCCAUGGGAAGUGUGGGACAGCAAUGGGCUUCGUUUCAGACUACAGACACCUUGGUGUUCCUGACUAAAUGGCCAGCAGAUGGACUGUUUGAAGCACUUGGUUUGACCAGCUGAGAGGAGGGACUUUGCUGAGGAUACCCUACAGGGAAUCUGUUGGGUAUUGCUGCCAUCUCAGACUCUUCCCUGAUAUGGAACAAAGUGAAGGUGAACAGGAAUCGCAGCCAGAGAGUCAUGCGGAUAGCAAGAGCAGCGUGAAAGCCUUGCCUGGGGGAGAGGCCCAUGUCAAGCUAGAGAUAAAGAAACAUGCAGUUACAGAUGACUACAAACUCUCCAAACGGGUGCUAGGGUUAGGAAUCAAUGGCAAGGUACUGGAGUGUUUCAACAAGGAGACAGGCCAGAAAUGUGCUUUGAAGGCAGAUAUCUGUUCACUUCAGAGAGUGGUUUAUCUUGGUGAAGACAUCACAACUCUCCUGUAUGACAACCCAAAAGCCCGUCAGGAAGUCGAGUAUCAUUGGCGAGCAUCAGGGUGUCCCCACAUUGUCCAUGUUCUGGAUGUUUAUGAGAAUAUACAUCAUGGAAAGAGAUGCCUCCUCAUUGUCAUGGAAUGCAUGGAAGGAGGAGAGCUGUUUAGCAGGAUCCAGGAGAGAGGAGAUCAAGCAUUCACUGAGAGAGAGGCCUCUGAAAUAAUGAGAGACAUCGGGACAGCCAUCCAGUAUCUGCAUUCAAUGAACAUUGCCCAUAGAGAUGUCAAGCCUGAAAACUUGCUUUACACAUCUAAAGAGAAGGAUACUGUCCUCAAACUCACAGACUUCGGCUUUGCCAAAGAAACAGCUGUAAAUGCACUGCAGACCCCCUGUUACACUCCUUAUUAUGUGGCCCCAGAAGUCCUUGGUCCUGAGAAGUAUGACAAAUCAUGUGACAUGUGGUCGUUGGGUGUCAUCACAUAUAUUCUCCUGUGUGGGUUCCCUCCAUUCUACUCAAACACUGGUCAAGCCAUUUCUCCAGGCAUGAAGAGAAGAAUUCGGAUGGGGCAAUAUGGAUUUCCCAAUCCAGAGUGGGCUGAGGUAUCAGAGGAAGCCAAACAACUGAUUCGCCAUUUACUGAAGACUGACCCGACGGAGAGGAUGACAGUUUCUCAGUUUAUGAAUCACCCUUGGAUUAAUAGAUCAAUGGCAGUGCCACCAACCCCUCUUCAUACUGCACGGGUCCUGCAAGAGGAUAAAGACCACUGGGAUGAAGUUAAAGAGGAGAUGACCAGUGCUUUGGCUACCAUGAGAGUGGACUAUGAUCAGGUGAAAAUCAAAGACUUGAAAACAUCCAACAACCGCCUCUUGAACAAACGCCGUAAGAAACAGAAGCAGGCAGGCACCUCUUCUGCAGCCCCGGGGUGCAAUAACCAGUGAGAAGCCAAGGACCUGUGGGUGGAGGGUAGAACUUUAAAAGGAACAACUGAAAAUCAGUCUGAUCAACUCAGUCCGUGCCACAAAUCUGGGCAAUGAGAUCAAGAAGAAGCUAUCCUGCCAAGAGGGAGCAGUGUGAAUGAUUACAUUUUUCUAACUUGAAUUGGGGCUUUGCUUUUCAAGUCUAACAUAUAUGACAUGAUUCUGUUGCAUAUUGCCGGGGAAGGGACAGUAAUACCAGAAAUGUUACGGGUUUUUGUUCUGGCUUUGAUACUGUUGGAUGAGAGGAAAGAUCAGGUGGAAGUCUCAGAAUACUAAUGCACUGAGGCCUUAACAGCCAUCUACAAGAGUAACUUCUGCUACUGUUUUCAAGUUGGGAAUAGAAAAAUGCCAAGUGUUCUGCUAGGAGAGUUCUAGCAGUUCAAACAUGAGUAGUGAGAACGGAGAAAAAUGUCACUGCUCUUUAUGCAAGUAGCACGGGUGCAGCUCUAUUAUGGAUGCAUCUGGACAGCAUUUCAUGUUAGAGUUGGUAAUAGUCAAUUAUUUCCAAACUUACCUCCUAUAGUUACAGAAUAUCACCUCUAAACAGUAAUCAGUUAUUCCUGUUGCAGGAAAAAAGCAUCCAUACAUUUCCAUUUUUAUAAAGUCUUCCUCUGCGCUCAUGUGAAGAUUUGAGUUUGUCUUGGAGUCUCAUUUGAUAACAUGUAAGUUUUCUAAAUUGUAACCAUUGUGUCAUGUCUGUGCCAGUCACAUCCCUCUCUUGUAAUGUUUUUAAUUUAAAUAGUGCUUUAUGUGAAGAGUUUAAUAAGGAUUGAAUUAGUUGAAAGUAUCCUGCAGAGAAUAUUGCUGUUCCUCUUGGAUCCAUAACCUCUAGGGUGUGCAGCUGGACAUGCAAUUGUAUACAAGAGACUGCUCUAGAAGACAAGACUUCUGAAAUUCGGGAAGAAGUGGUAAAUGCAUGUCCUGUGAAUGGACCCUGGUGUCUGCCAGCAUCCCUUCUGGUAAUUACCUCCAGGUCCUGUGCCUGACAUCUGCAGAUCAUAACAAGUUUUGUGGUGCUGGGGUUGGGUUUAUUCCUGGGGUCAGGGAGGGGAGGAUGCUACUUUAUUUGCAGUGCUUUGUCAGUGUUUCUGCAUCCAAAGAUUUUUGCCACUUAAGAGAAAUCACCUUUGAGUAUAACCACCUAUUUCCCCCCCCCCCAUCUUUUGUCUUUGUUUUAUGGGAUUCUAGCUUUGGUUUGCUGAUUUGUUUUACUUUGUGAUCAAAAUAGCUCCUCUCAUUGUAUUUUGGUUGUUUGGGGUUUUUUGGUUUUUGGUGUGGUUUUUUUUUGAAGUUGAGGUGAAACAAAUAUUUGUGAAAGUAUUAUCAGAGUCUGGGGUGAGAAUCCUGUGCUUCCAGUGAUGCAGGCAAAAAUGCCAUGGUGGUAGGCACACAGGGUACUGUAGUGGUAAUAGGCUGAGAAGAAUGUUGAAGGUUAAAAAGGAAAACAAGGCACCAGAGAGGAUCCUAAUUGCCACGUCUGACUGCCAAACAGAUUUGGUCACCCCCAACAAAGAUCAGCUCAAGGCUUUGGACCUUUUCUGGUGAGCCCUGUUCCCAUCUUCAGAAUGUCGGAUGAGACUUCCAUUCUUCUCUGUGAACUGGCCCUAGGGUUUUAUAAACUGAUUUUAAUAAAUCAUGUUAUAACAUUC